AUGCUGGAACGAAAGGCGUUGCUAUGGCAACGGGAGGCAGGGCCUGGGGGGGUAGCCCAGGCCCGAGCUGGGGCCGGGGGGGCUGGCGGUGGCUGUGGCGGGGCGAUGGCGGAGCGCGGCCCGGCCUUCUGCGGCCUCUACGACACGUCCUCCCUGCUUCAAUACUGCAACGAUGACAAUUUGUCGGGCACGAGCGGGAUGGAGGUGGACGACCGCGUGUCGGCGCUGGAGCAGCGGCUGCAGCUGCAGGAAGACGAGCUGGCGGUCCUGAAGGCCGCGCUGGCUGACGCGCUGCGUCGCCUGCGGGCAUGCGAGGAGCAAGGCGCUGCUCUGCGAGCGCGGGGCACCCCCAAGGGCCGGGCGCCUCCGCGCCUAGGCACCACAGCCUCGGUGUGUCAGCUCUUGAAAGGCCUUCCCACCAGGACGCCCCUCAAUGGCUCGGGACCCCCGCGGCGCGUGGGCGGCUAUGCCACGUCCCCAUCCUCCCCCAAAAAGGAGGCGACCUCCGGGCGCAGUGCCCGCCGCUACUUGUCACCAGAGCGCCUCGCCUCAGUGCGCCGCGAGGACCCCCGCAGCCGCACCACAUCCUCUAGCAGCAAUUGUAGCGCCAAAAAGGAAGGCAAAACCAAAGAAGUUAUCUUCAGCAUGGAGGAGGGCUCCGUGAAAAUGUUCCUGAGGGGCCGCCCCGUGCCCAUGCUGAUCCCUGACGAGCUGGCACCCAGCUACAGCCUGGAUACACGCUCCGAGCUGCCUUCCCGCCGUCUCAAGCUGGACUGGGUCUAUGGCUACCGCGGCCGAGACUGCCGGGCCAACCUUUACCUGCUGCCCACAGGGGAGAUAGUGUACUUCGUGGCCUCUGUGGCCGUGCUAUACAACGUGGAGGAGCAGAGGCAGCGGCACUACCUGGGACACAAUGAUGACAUCAAGUGCCUGGCUGUCCACCCUGAUAUGGUCACCGUCGCCACUGGACAGGUGGCAGGCACCACUAAGGAGGGGAAGCCACUGCCGCCCCACGUGCGCGUCUGGGACUCUGUUUCCCUCUCCACCUUACACGUGCUGGGCCUGGGGGUGUUUGACAGAGCUGUGUGCUGUGUGGGCUUUUCCAAAUCUAAUGGGGGCAACCUCCUCUGUGCGGUAGAUGAGUCCAACGAUCACAUGCUUUCUGUGUGGGACUGGGCCAAGGAGACCAAGGUGGUAGAUGUCAAGUGCUCCAAUGAGGCCGUGCUGGUGGCCACCUUCCACCCCACAGACCCCACCGUGCUCAUCACCUGCGGGAAAUCCCACAUCUACUUCUGGAACCUAGAAGGGGGCGGCCUGAGCAAGCGGCAGGGCCUCUUUGAGAAACACGAGAAACCGAAGUACGUGCUGUGUGUGACCUUUUUGGAGGGUGGCGAUGUGGUCACCGGGGACUCUGGGGGGAACCUCUAUGUCUGGGGCAAAGGUGGGAACCGUAUCACACAGGCCGUGCUGGGUGCCCACGAUGGCGGCGUGUUUGGGCUCUGCGCCCUGCGGGACGGGACGCUGGUGUCAGGAGGGGGCCGCGAUCGGCGGGUGAUCCUCUGGGGUCCCGACUACAGCAAGUUGCAGGAGGCGGAGGUCCCCGAGGACUUCGGCCCCGUGCGCACCGUGGCGGAGGGCCGGGGCGACACGCUGUACGUGGGGACCACCCGCAACUCCAUCCUGCAGGGCUCUGUCCACACUGGCUUCUCGCUGCUCAUCCAGGGCCACGUGGAAGAGCUGUGGGGCCUGGCCACACACCCCAGCCGGGGACAAUUUGUGACAUGUGGUCAGGAUAAGUUGGUGCAUCUGUGGAGGGUGGAGUCCCACCAGCCCCUGUGGAGUAGGAUCAUUGAGGACCCUGCCCACUCUGCUGGCUUCCACCCCAGUGGCUCUGUCCUGGCCAUUGGCACGGUGACUGGCAGAUGGCUGCUGCUGGACACAGAGACCCAUGACCUGGUGGCCAUCCAUACAGAUGGGAAUGAACAGAUCUCAGUGGUCAGCUUCUCUCCAGACGGGGCGUACCUGGCCGUGGGCUCCCACGACAACUUGGUGUACCUGUACACGGUGGACCAGGGCGGCCGCAAGGUCAGCCGCCUGGGCAAGUGCUCGGGCCAUUCCAGUUUUAUCACCCACCUGGAUUGGGCCCAGGACAGCAGCUGCUUCGUCACCAACUCUGGGGACUACGAGAUUCUGUACUGGGACCCAGCUACCUGUAAGCAGAUCACUACUGCAGAUGCUGUGAGGAACGUGGAAUGGGCCACGGCUACUUGUGUCCUGGGUUUUGGCGUGUUUGGGAUCUGGUCUGAGGGAGCAGAUGGUACUGACAUCAAUGCCGUGGCCCGUUCCCAUGAUGGGAAGUUGCUGGCUUCAGCUGAUGACUUUGGCAAAGUCCACCUGUUUAGCUACCCCUGCUGUCAGCCUCGAGCUCUCAGCCACAAAUACGGCGGACACAGCAGCCAUGUGACAAAUGUGGCCUUCUUGUGGGAUGACAGUGUGGCCCUGACCACAGGGGGCAAGGACACCAGCGUGCUGCAGUGGCGGGUGGUCUGACCUGGUGGGUGGGGGGGUUCCCAGGAACAUGGGGCUCAGGUAGAGUCAAGUGGCAGGGUUGGAAUUCUAUUUUCGGGAGAUGUCUAUUGCCGAGUAGAGUAAUAUAUACCCAGAGUAUGUCUAUAGCAAAGGGGGUU